CCCCCCCGCAGCAUCGGCGAGAACAUCCAGCUGCUGGUGGAUCGGCCCGACGGCUGCUACUGCUUCCGCCUGCACAAGGACCGGGUGUACUACGUCAGCGAGAGGAUCUUGAAGGUGGCAACCAGUGUCCCUGGAGACAAGCUGGUGGCACUGGGCACCUGCUUUGGGAAGUUCACCAAGACCCAGAAGUUCCGGCUCCACGUCACGGCCCUGGAUUAUCUGGCUCCCUAUGCCAAGUAUAAAGUGUGGGUGAAACCUGGCGCAGAGCAGUCCUUUCUUUAUGGGAACCACGUGCUGAAAUCUGGCCUAGGCCGCAUCACUGAGAACACUGCUCAGUACCAGGGCGUGGUGGUGUAUUCCAUGGCAGAUGUUCCUCUGGGUUUUGGAGUAGCUGCGAAGUCUACCCAAGACUGCCGGAAAGUGGACCCCAUGGCCAUCGUAGUAUUUCACCAGGCUGACAUUGGGGAGUACGUGCGGCAUGAAGACACGCUCACUUAAGAGGGCAGCCAGCAGCAAAAGGCUCUGAGGACUCAGCUGCGCAUGUUGUGGAAUCAGAACUCAAAGUACAGGGAGCUUUCCUGGUGUGAGGCCUUGUAGGUGGCUAUGGAGAACUACAGGCCAGUCUACCUGUGACCAAGUCACACCUGUUGUGAGCUGUGGGGCUGCCUGGCCCAGCCUGAAGGAGAGCAGGAUUACAAUAAAACUUUUCCUAUAUAA